CACCACCACAAAAAAUCACAAACGCAUACAUCAUAUUUUCUCUAGCCAAAGAAUUAAUUAAUGGCGAAAUUGUUCUUCUUACUUCUUUCUUUAUGUUUCUUACUUUUAUGCUGCGCACCAAGUUACACCAAUUCUCACCAGAUUUGCAAACUGGAUCUGCUGUACCAAUCACGCGACACGAUUUCCGGCCGAAACUUUAUCCGACAAGUCCCUGUCCAUUCAAUGUCCGGCCACUUGACUUCGAUUUGUCUCGAUCGAAAAGAUUGUAGAGGAAAACUCGGACGUGCACUUUCCUUGGUCGGAGAAGUUAGCGGAAACUACUACAACGACGCAAUCUUACAAGGAAAAACAACUGAAGAAUUGACGAGCAUGGUACCCGAUGUAGUUGACGCCACCAUCGAUGCCGCUAGGAAACUAAUCAAUUUGGGAACGACACGAGUAGUGAUUCCCGGAAACUUCCCCAUCGGGUGUUUCCCGAUAUAUCAAACAGCUUCCGUAAGGAAUAGCUCGACAGAAUACGACGAAAACCAAUGCGUGAAGCAGUUGAACGAAUUCGCAAAGUACCACAACCAACAACUCCAGCAAGGAAUCGAAAGGCUCAACGAAGAGAAGCCGCACGCUACAGUAAUCUAUGCGGAUUACUACAAAGCUUACCAAUAUCUCCUUCGUUACGCUAGAUUUACCGUUAACGGUUGGGAUUGGACGCAUGCAGGAAUGGAUACGGAAAAAGCGUGCUGCGGAAUAGGAGGUAAAUACAACUUCAACAUGACAAGACGAUGCGGAAGCCGCGGCGUACCGAUAUGCACGGAUGCUGAACGGUACGUAAGCUGGGAUGGGGUCCACUUGACGCAGAAAAGCCUCAAGAUUAUGGCUCGUUCGUUGCUCUUCAACAUCUUCCCCAAGCUCCAAUGCCGUUUCUGAACUAGUACUUUAUCGUCGUAGCCAUCAUUCGAAAUUCGAAACGACUGUUGUA